AAGCAGGGAACAGGGAUGGGGAAGAAGGGCAAGGCGGCGGCGAGGGAGCGGCGGGAGCAGCGGCGGGCGGAGGUGACCCUCCUCCGCGCCGUGCCCUACGAGCCCCACCAGCGCUGGUGGGACCUCCUGGCUCCGGCGCCGGCGCGCGCCGUGGCGGUGGUGACGGGGGCCAGCCGCGGCAUCGGCCGCGAGAUCGCCCGCCAGCUCGCGCUCCACGGCCUCCACGUCGUCCUCGCCUCGCGCGACGCCGCGCGCGGACGGGACGCCGCGGUGAAGCUCAUGGAGGAGGCGGCCUGCGCGAGCGUGGAGUGGCGGCCGCUCGACGUGGCGGACGCCGCGUCGCUGGAGGCCUUCGGGGCAUGGACGGCGCGCACCCACGGCGGCAUCCAUGUCCUUGUUAACAAUGCAGGUGUAAACUUCAACAGAGGAGCAGAUAACUCCGUUGAAUUUGCUGAGCAAGUUAUCGAGACAAAUUAUUUUGGCACGAAGCGGAUGAUUGAAGCUAUGCUACCAUUGCUGAAGCCUUCUCCGUAUGGUGGCCGGAUAGUGAAUGUGAGCUCAAGGCUUGGCAGGGUGAACGGCAGGCGCAAUAGAAUCGGUGACGCAAGCCUGAAAGAGCAAUUAUUAACUGAUGAUCGUUUAUCUGAGGAGUUGAUUGAUGGGAUGGUCAUGAAAUUCCUCGAACAAGUAAAGCAAGAUAGUUGGUCCCCUGACGAUUGGCCUCAGAUGUACACGGACUAUUCUGUCUCAAAGCUUGCUGUUAAUGCCUAUACAAGACUCAUGGCAAGGAGACUUUUGGACAGGCCUGAAGGCCAAAAGAUUUACAUGAACUGUUUCUGUCCUGGCUGGGUAAAGACUGCCAUGACUGGUUGGGAAGGGAAUAUUUCAGCGGAAGAAGGUGCUGAUACUGGAGUGUGGCUCGCCCUAUUACCCCAGGAACAAGCUACAAUUGGGAAAUUCUUUGCAGAGAGACGUGAGAUAAGCUUCUGAGGUGAUACAUUAUGGCUGUCAUUGGAGCUGCCCAGUCGCAUGUUAGGAGUAAACCCAGGAGAAGUCCAACUGAAUCCAGGUAGUCAAAAGAUUAUUGAGCAUCACAUUGAUGGAAUGCCCAUGGCCCAUGCUCUCUAAUUUCCCUCAAUAAAUGAGAUCAUACCAAAUGUCCCUUGGUCGUGAAUGACUGUUCUGAAAAAAGCGGAAUGUUCAGCAGGACCACCAGGAUAUAUGGCAUGCAGCUGCAGGGAGGCGCACACACGACAAGCUGGCAGCAGCAUCCUGUUCUUUCUUGCUCUGCAGCGAUGAUCUGGACUGAAGUGCACGUCGCAUGGACGGAGGAUUAGGCUGGAAUGGAUCGAUCUCAGGCCAAUUCACUGUCAACCCCUGCAUCGUCUGUCGCUCGUGUUUGGGCCGUUUUGCCAGGUUUGUUGGCCUUAAGCCUGUAAUGGAGGAAAGCAGGGCUGCCCCAUCCAGACAUACCAAGUGCCUUGGAAGAUCGCAGGUACGUACGACGACAGCUACGCCGCAAAAGCACACGGAUCAUAUUUGGAGAAGAACAGAACAGGUGCGUUGUAACCUGCAGUCAGUAAGCAUGUGAGACGUGGAUUUUUGGCUCCCGGGAUCCAGUGCUCCCUAUAGUUCAAACUUCAUGAAAAUCAGUUUCAAAAAAUCUGAAUCUUUUUUGUAGUGUUAGUAUAGAGGUAUACUACAUAUCUGUGCAUUUUCAUGUAAAGAUACAUUGAUUUGUGGUCUGUGCAAAAAUAACAAAUCCGGGAAUGUAUAAUAGCGCUAUUGUACAUCUCUAGAUUUGUUAUUUUUGUACAGACCACAAAUCAAUGUAUCUUUACACGAAAAUGUACAGAUAUGUAGUAUACGUCUAUAACACUAUAAAAAAAAUCAGAUUUUUUUGAAACUGAUUUUCACGAAGUUUGAACUAUAAAGAGCACUGGAUCUCGGGAGCCAAAGUGGGUUUCCGGUGAGGAACAAGGUACUAUCAGGGUCAAUGGUAAAGGCCAGACAAUCUUUAUCCUCAAUAGUAUAAAAUGGCCAGCCAUCUUGUUGUGUGCAUUGAACCGGUCGGCCGUGAGAAAAUUCCGGAGCUGGCAAGGCUAGGCUAGGCCAGGCCAUGCCGGCCGGAGAACAAGAAGGGGGCAGGACCCCAGGAUGAUGAGUGCUGCUGGCUGCUGCUGCUGCCUAGCUGGGCCUUGAAUGCGCCAUGCCCCUGUGGGGUAAACGGUUUUGCUUUGCUUUGCGGCAGGAAGGGGAGAGAACUCGGGUCGAAGCGUUGCUGUCCGAGACCAUCUGUCUAUCUUGUUCUGGUCAGGCUGCGCUGCGCGGGUCACAUGCGGUGCUUGGGUUUCUGGAGCGCCUACACUUGUCUUCCUGGACAUUGCACUUGGACUUGCCUUGUUCGCGUGUGUAUAUCCACGAUCGACCGCGUAGUGUAGCAGCAGCUUCGGUUUGGCUACCCCCUGAUUUCGAUGAUGUAUACAUACUCUGUGUCUUUGUAGUAGUAUAGUCGCGUCUUCCUUGAGUUCAUCAGAGGAAGGACACCUUUCAACAUCAA